AUGGAAUGGAGCUUGUGCUUCUUUGAUGGCUGCGAUUCCUCCUGGAAUGAAAUACAAACAAAGAUAUCAGAGAGGCUUCUGUAUCUGUUUGGCAACGUUUCUAAUCUCAUUAAAAAAGGCAAACUGGCUCUGAAUGUUGUCUUCACCAUGGUCUCUCGCAAAGAGUGGGGGGCAGAAGCUGUUGGCUGCAGCACCCAGCUGAUCUUGCCAGUGGACUUCCUUGUCAUACACCACAUCCCUCGACUGGAGUGUCACGACCAGAUGAUCUGUAGUCAGAGGCUGCGAGAGCUGCAGACUCAUCACAUCCACAACAACAGCUGGUGUGAUAUAGCCUACAACUUCCUGGUUGGGGACGAUGGCAGGGUGUACGAAGGUAUAGGCUGGAAAGUCCAAGGCUGGCACACCCAAGGCUACAGAAAUAAUUCCCUGGGCUUUGCCUUCUUUGGCACCAAGGAAGGCCACAGUCCCAACCUGUCUGCACUGUCAGCCAUGGAAGGCCUAAUCUCUUAUGCUGUCCGGAAGGGCCACCUGUCAUCCAGGUACUUUCAGCCACUUCUUGCGAAAGAAGAGAACUGCCUGGUGUCUCCACAGAAGGCAGGUCCAAAGAAAGCUUGCCCCAGGGCUGUUAUACGGUCUGACUGGGAGGCCAGGGAGUCCCACUGCCCCGAAAUGAACCUCCCAGCUAAGUAUGUUAUCAUCAUCCACACCUCUGGGAAGACCUGCAAUGUGUCUGACGAGUGCCGCCGGGUGGUCAGAGAUACCCAGUCCUUCUUCAUGGACAGACUCGACUCAUGCGACACUGGGUAUAACUUCCUCGUGGGUGAGGAUGGAGCCAUCUAUGAAGGGACGGGGUGGAAUGUCCAAGGCUCCCACACUGCUGGCUACAAUGACAUUGCUCUGGGCAUUGCCUUCAUGGGCACCUUCACAGGUACUCCGCCAAACGCCGCAGCUCUGGAGGCUGCCCAGAGCCUGAUCCAGUGUGCUGUGGACAAGGGAUAUUUGACUCCCAACUACCUGCUGGUGGGACAGAGUGACGUGGAGAACACCUUGUCUCCUGGGAAGGCUCUGUACAGCAUCAUUAAGACCUGGCCUCAUUUCAAGCACUGA